GAUGAGGCUGCUCCCGUUGUUCCCCCCGUUGCUGAGCCAGCGGCUAUUCCAGAGGACAUGGACUUAUUGACUGCAUUGGAGUUGACUCUUAGGAAAGCUCGUGCUCAUGGUGGUGUGGUUCGUGGUAUCCAUGAAAGCGCUAAGCUUAUUGAGAAGCGUGUGGCUCAGCUCUGUGUCUUGGCUGAAGACUGCAACCAGCCUGAUUACGUCAAGCUUGUUAAAGCUCUCUGUGCUGAUCACAACAUCAACUUGCUUACAGUCCCAAGUGCCAAGACCCUCGGCGAAUGGGCUGGUCUUUGCAAGAUUGAUUCAGAGGGUAAUGCCAGGAAGGUUGUUGGAUGCUCAUGCCUUGUAGUCAAGGACUACGGUGAGGAGACAACUGCACUCAAUAUCGUCAAGAAGCACAUUGAAGCUAACUAA